AUGGCCACAACGGACGCUCGGAAAAGCCAUGAGGUGGCAGCGACGAUCGAUGAGGCGACAAACGAGCAGCAACAAUCGCCACCUUCAUCGCCGUCGUCCGGCCCUCCGACCCUGCAUGGACCAAGGCUGUGGCUGGUAAUUGCAGGAUUGUACUUGGGCAUAUACCUAGUGGCUCUAGAGCUCACGAUGCUGUCAACGGUGAUACCGACUUUGACUAACGAGUUUGGCACAUUGAACGACAUCUCGUGGUACGAGUCGGCAUAUGUCUUAGCACUUUGCGUAUUUAUCCCGUUGGUGGGCAAGACCUAUAAUGAACUACCCAUAAAACUAGUAUACUUGGGCUUCAUGGCCGUCUUCGAAGUGGGCCUUUUGAUUUGUGCCCUAGCCAACUCUAGCCCCAUGUUCAUCGCGGGCCGAGUCGUGAAUGGCAUCGGCUCCGCUGGACUGGUCAGCGGGGCACUUCUCAUCAUUGGGUCGGCAUGUGAGGCAAGCAUCCGUCCACUCGUGACGGCUGCCGCCAUGUCCAUGAUAUCGAUAGGCUCGAUGACCGGACCCAUCAUCGCGGGCGUGCUGACUGCGCGCGUCAACUGGCGCUGGUGCUUCUGGAUGCUCCUACCACUUGGUGCCGUGACUAUGCUCAUCACGGCCACCAUCAAGCUACCCGAAAUCAAUGAGAAAGCCCCUCUUCGACAAGCCCUACGAACUUUACCUCGCGAACUUGACCCACUGGGCUUUGUCCUCUUUGGCGCUGCGACAACGAUGAUCUUGUUAGCUAUUACUUGGGGCGGUGGCCAGCUGCCCUGGUCCUCUGCAACCAUCAUCGGUCUCCUAAGUGGUGGCUUCGUCGUGCUGAUUCUCUUUAUCUGGUCUGCACGCGUCCAGGGAGACAAGUCACUCAUCCCACCGUCCUGCCUUACACGGCGAUCCGUAUACAUUGGCAGUCUUCUCAUGUUCCUACAAGGAGGAGCGACUCAGAUCAUACCGUUCUUCCUGCCUCUCUGGUUUCAGGCCAUUCUCGGGGAUGAUGCCAGUGAGAGUGCUGUUCACAUGUUACCGUCAUUGAUAUCAAUGGUGCUUGCCCUCAUCACCUUUGGCGGAUUGGUUCGAAUGCUUCGCUACAUACCUCCAUGGGCAAUUUUUGGCAGCGCCUUGACGGCUAUCGGAUCUGGUCUCUUAUCGACGCUCUCUCCGCAAACUACGACUAGCCAGUGGAUUGGGUACCAGAUAUUAACGCACAUUGGGAGGGGAGUGGCAUUUCAAGUUCCUGUGGUCGCAGUCCAGGAGGAUAUCCCGUUGGCAGAGUCAGCCAUCGCCCUGGCUACAAUAAACCUAUUCAUGCAACUGGGGCUCGCUGUCUCCGUGUCGGCCGCACAAACCAUUCUUCGAAACCGACUCCCGAUAUUCCUACAAAUGUACGCCCCGAACGUUGAUGCCAAUCUUGUGGCCGAAGCCGGUGCCACAAGCGUGCAGGAACUCGUAUCUGCAGAGGACAUGACGGGUUUCCUGCGGGCAUAUAAUAUGGCGAUUACGGAGAUGUUUCAUUUCUCCACCGCGGCGGCCGCCCUCGCUUGUGUGGUGAGUUUUGCCCUGCCUUGGCAGAAUUUGGCUGCCAACGCGGAUAAAUCCCAGACGGACACAACAGAGAGCAGUGAUGGGCAGAGUGCGGAGAAAGAUGAGUCAAGAGUUAAACAGAACUCAGCGACGUAA